UUGGUGCCCGGAUCGUUUGUUGGCGCUGCCUGUUUCCCGGGAAGGUUGUGAGGAGCGGCGUUUCCUCCGAUCGCGCUCGGUGUGAGCGGUGGGGUGGCGCCCGUUUUCUGAUCAGAGUCGGUUCGGAUCGGGUACAUGGUCACGGAAUCGCGACUGCCUGAGGUCCACAGAGGUGGGACAAUGAGUUUGUAAUGCACAGUGUCUGCUGCUCUGGGCCAUGGAGGACGAGUCUAUCUCAGGGAGUGAUCCAGAUGUGGAGUCGGAGGAUGUGGAAGAGGAAGAGGAGGAGAUGGAGGACAACGAUGGUGAUGAUGAAGAUGACCUGGAGGAAAAUGAUGAAUCUGUGCCCACCCCUGUCAGCUCUGAGCAUUCUUCACAGCCCGAUGACAGGGGAUGGAAAUGCUCCACUUCAACUACCUCAUCACAGAAUGAAAGGAAGCAGUCUUGCUCGGAAAAUGGCAAGAAGCAGAGGUCAACAAAGCCUGGCCACAUGAGGAGAAACAUCCGAAAACUACUACGGGAGGACCAACUUGAGGCUGGAACCAAAGCAGCACAGCAGGAGGAAUUAGAGCGACUCAAACGCCUCGAGCAGCAGAGGAAGGAAUUUGUGUUGCCAGCUUUGCCAUUUGAUCUCAUACAAGAAUCCAAUACUCAAACCUUAAAAAAAGAGCCAGUCUGGAAUGAGGAGGAAACUACGCAGAAAACAGAUGAAGUUCCUCCGAGACUCCCAAAACCUGAGGUCAUCUGUGUGGAUAUAAGCAGUGGGAGUGAAGAGGGUGCAGCGGCCGAGGAAAAGAUCUUAAAGAAUGAGGAUGUGAUUGAACUGAGCUCAGGGGAAGAAGAUUCACUACACAUUCUUGACAGUGAAUCCAGUAAUGAAGAGGAGGAGGUGAAUGAAGAGAGUUGUGGUGCACAUGUGAAUGAUGCCUUGAAUCAGCCAGAUGAUCUGGGCCGUGUCCUAGUCAAUAUAAAUCAUCCACCAAACGAGCAAGAUAUUUUCCUAGCGCCCCAACUGGCACGAGCAGUCAAAUCACACCAGGUCGGUGGAAUCCGCUUUCUGUAUGACAAUCUGGUGGAAUCACAAGAAAGGUUUAAAAGUAGCAGUGGUUUUGGUUGUAUCCUGGCCCACAGUAUGGGUCUUGGAAAGACCUUGCAAAUUGUCUCCUUCGUGGAUGUCCUCUUUCGAUACACAGAAGCUCGCACUGUCCUUGCUAUUGUACCGGUGAACACUUUGCAGAACUGGUUGGCAGAGUUUAACAUGUGGCUGCCCGCCCCAGAAACGCUUCCUGCAGAUUACAACUCUGAGGAGAUACAGCCCAGGAGUUUUAAAGUUCACAUCCUAAACGACGAACACAAAACAACUGUGGCCCGUGCCAAGGUGAUUAAUGAAUGGUCAGCAGACGGUGGUGUGCUGUUAAUGGGGUAUGAGAUGUAUCGUUUACUGUCAUUGAAAAAGUCAUUUGUUACUGGGAGGAGGAAGAAAACAAAGAAACCAGCAGGACCUGUGAUUAUAGAUCUGGAUGAGGAAGAUCGGCAACAAGAGCUAUUGAAAGGGAUCGAAAAAGCACUGGCUAAGCCAGGCCCUGAUGUCGUCAUUUGUGACGAAGGCCACCGCAUAAAAAAUUGCCAUGCUAGCACAUCUCAGGCCUUGAAGAGCAUCCGGUCAAGGCGGCGAGUGGUCCUUACUGGGUAUCCACUUCAGAACAAUCUCAUGGAGUACUGGUGCAUGGUGGACUUUGUCCGGCCUGACUUCCUUGGUACCAGGCAGGAGUUCAGCAACAUGUUCGAGCGUCCCAUCCUAAACGGACAGUGUAUUGACUCCACGCCACAGGAUGUUCGCCUGAUGCGGUACCGCAGCCAUGUUUUACACAGCCUGCUAGAAGGAUUUGUACAAAGGCGAGGUCACGAUGUCUUGAGAGGUCACCUUCCUGAGAAAGAAGAACACGUGCUGCUAGUUCGUCUCUCCAAAAUUCAGCGAUCACUGUACACUGAGUUUAUGAAUCGUUUCCGAGAUGCGGGAAACAGUGGCUGGCUGGGCCUCAAUCCUCUCAAAGCAUUCUGUGUCUGCUGUAAGAUCUGGAACCACCCAGAUGUGCUUUAUGAGGCUUUGCAGAAAGAGAACUUAGCCAAUGAUCCAGAUUUGGAUCUUGAGGUAAAUGAUCUUAGUACAGGCACACCAAAUGCACGUGCUCUGCCCAUUGGCGGCAAGAGGAAAACGGAAAGCACAUCAACCACCGUGGAGUCGGCAAACAGCAAGUUCACCCAGAAUGUCGGCUUCAACCAUUUCCAAGACAAAACUAACCAGGUUAUCACCUACGAAUGGGCUAAGGAUGUGUUGGCAAACUACCAGCCUGGCUUGCUAGAGAACUCUGCAAAAAUGGUCCUGCUGUUUGAGCUGAUAGAAGAGACCCUGAAGCUUGGGGACAAGAUCCUUGUGUUUAGCCAGAGCCUUUCUACGCUCUCAGUCAUUGAGGAAUUUCUCGGGAAAAAAAUGAUGCCAACAAAAACAGGCUCCGAGGAACCUCCACAACCAUGGAUCCGGAACGUUAACUAUUACCGACUGGAUGGAAGCACCUCUGCAAUGGAUCGAGAACGGCUGAUCAAUCAGUUCAAUGAUCCGCGCAAUACUAAAGCCAAUCUCUUCCUGUUGUCUACACGAGCUGGCUGUUUGGGAAUCAAUCUGGUUGGGGCCAAUCGAGUGGUGGUAUUUGAUGCUUCCUGGAACCCCUGUCAUGAUGCUCAGGCAGUGUGCCGUGUGUACCGCUAUGGUCAAAAGAAGCCAUGUUACAUCUACCGGCUGGUUUCUGACUACACUUUGGAGAAGAAGAUCUAUGAUCGGCAGAUCUCUAAGCAGGGCAUGUCUGACCGUGUCAUUGAUGAUCUAAACCCAGUGCUGAAUUUCACCAGGAAGGAAGUGGAAUCGCUCCUGCAUUUUGUGGAGGAGGAGCCCGUUUUAUCAGAUACCAGCGUUGAACCAGAGAAGAUAUGUGAUGAAGUAAUUCUCAGAGCAUGCGCCAAGCAUAAACAUCUCGUUACUAAGCAACCUUUCCAGCAUGAGUCAUUGCUGAUGGACCGCAAAGAAUACAAGCUGACCAAGGCAGAGAAGAAGGCGGCAAAAAAGAGUUAUGAGGAUGAGAAACGGGCAUCAGUCCCUUACACAAGGCCAUCUUAUGCCCAGUAUUACCCAGCCAGUGACCAGAGCCUUACCAACAUCCCCAUCUUUAGCCAGCGGCAUUGGAGGGGCCCAAUCAAGGGGCCGGAUGAGAAACCAGUGGCUAGUGUUCGCCCUUUACAGUCAACGCCAAUUCCAAUGAUGCCUCGGCAGGUUCCUGGUGGAAUGGCAAUACCGAGUUCUGGGUUUGGACCUGUGUUCCCAGUCAGUCACCUCCAGCGUGCUGGUGUUGUGGUGCAGAAAAUCGUUACCACCACAGAUAUAGUUAUUCCUGGAACCAAUACAUCAACCGAUGUCCAAGCAAGGAUCAAUGCUGGGGAAAGCAUCCACGUAAUCAGGGGAACAAAAGGGAUGUACAUUCGUACCUGUGAUGGAAGAAUAUUUGCUGUGCGAAUGGGCAAUAAACCAAAAGUGUCUGAGGGAAGCCAUGCAGCUGCGUCAGGUUCGCAGGCAGAUUCCCUUAAUCACGGGGGUCACAGCUCUUCAUCCCCGGACCAGGCACAAAAGGGCCUCUCCCCAGAGGAGAUUGCACGGCCCCUAUCCCCAGACAGUCCGGAGAUAAUAAGUGAGCUCCAGCGUUACGCUGAGGCAGCAGCUGCCAGGGAGUCCAGCGACCGGCCUGGCACCGUCACCAGCACACAGGGAGACCACAGCAAACUGAGGCAGGCCCAGCCAUCUGACCAACUCCUAGGAAUCAACAGUUCGGCCUCGGCCCGUGCUGCUGCUACCUUGAACAUGCCAACAGCAAGUCGCUAUGUGGACUGGACGUCAGGCGCUUUUGGGAUGGACAUGAGAGGAGGCAAGCGCAAGUCUUCCUCUCCUCCUUUAGAGGACCACACCCGGAAACAACGGCACUCAAUACCAGCACACAACUACUCUCUCCCCGCUGGCUUUAACUUAUCGUCUGUUGGCUUGAGCCCCGAGAUGUCUGGGCUGGCUGGUAACUGUCCGACUCUGUUAAACCCCCUGUACAGCACGGGGAGCCCCUACUACACACUGCCUGGCUUGCUGGGAGACCCACGACUGAUGUUCCCCAUGACUACUGACCCACGACUCGCUGCUAGCACUGCUGGCCCCGCUGCCCCUACCUCAGCCACAGGCACCGCGGCGCCCUUUAUGCUGAACCCGACCUCGACCCUGCCCACAGGCCUGUUGCCUGGCCUGCAUCAUCCCUUCGCCCAGUCUCUGCUAAAUGAGCCCCGGAUGUUUGCCCCAUUCCCGGUGCCUCUGCUCACCAACAGCCUGCCAGCCGGCGUGGGACAGACCAGCAGAGUCUUUGCACCAUCGACACCGUCAUCUUCCAGCUUCCCAGCUCCAGAGUUCCUUGGCGCCACGGUUCCUCGAGUGGACCCACCCGCAGGCUUGGACACUGCUGGCAGCUCCGAUGACGAUGUCAUUGAGGUCACAAGUAGUAACACUGGCUGACUGACUUAUAAGGGACAGGGCUGUUAUCCAAAUCUUUUUAAAUAAUUAAUUAAUAAACGUGUCACUCACCCGAAUUUUAUGGCCGAUGACUACCAUUGUAAAUGUUGUCUUUUUUAUGUUUUUUUUAAAUUAUUGGCCAAGUGUUUUUUUUAAUCUUUUUUAAAUAAAACUUUACGCUGGAUUUUUUUUUGGCUCCAUGCCUGGAAGGUAUUUUUGCCUUCGUUUAAGAAUUUUAUCAACCUCUGACUUAAGUUGAGCAGGAAAGGUGCAGUUGCUUCCUAUUUUUGCUGGAGACAGUGGUGUCAUCAAUCUCUUUAGAGGGGCUGGGUCACAAAAAUUGAUUGCCCUGUUGUCAGUUUUUCUUUUGUGUGUUUUUAUCGGAGUUAGUGUGCAAGUUGCUGACCCUGGGUGAAAAAUAGAAUGGAGAGUUCCCAUCUGUUUACGGGAGAAGAGGAUGUGGAGAGUGUUUCAACUUUGGGACAGAACAGGAUUGAAAGGCCAAUAGAGAAUUUAUCCCCUGACAUUUUAGAGGCUAAAUGCAACAUGCUGUGUAGUCUGGAAGGUUUCGGGCGCUGUUCUCAAUCACUGAGCCUGUUGUAAUUGUUCCAAAGAUAAAGAGAUGUCAUCUCCCACUAUGAUACAUUCUCAAUUUUGACUGGUCUGAGAGAGUGGGCUUGACUGCCUUGCUGGAACCAGAGAAUCGUAUUCAAAUGAAACAAAGGAGGAAAAAUUGAAGUGAAGUGAAUGAAAGAAUCAUUUUUGUUUAGAGUAGUGGAAAGUACCACUGAGCAGAAAAAUGGGAAAUUAAUUGAUUGCCAGCUCCUAUUUUAUGUUCUGCAGAAUACCAUACGUCCUGACUCUUCCUUAAGGGUUGUUAAUUUUGAAUAUUAGAUCUAUCUUUCAAAUGCUGUUUGCUACUUGGAUUGGGUUAAUGGAUAAUUGGGCAAAAUUAUUGCCAGCCCAUGAAUGAAAUGGGGUUAGUGAACAGAGGAACCUCUCUGAAUUAAACUAAUGCAGUUGAUGUUUAAUGUAGAAUAUCUUAAUUAUCCUCUGGAACACCAUGAAAUGCAGUGUCAAAUCUUGCAGCAGACAGGCCAUAUGAACUAAAUCUGUAGGGUAUUGGUUCAUUCAGGUAAAACUUCAAACUGGUGUUUUUACACUAAUGUUAAACCCAGAGGACCUGUGGAAGGUUUCCCAGUUUAAGGGUUUGCUUUAAAACUUAAAGCUAGCAUUAUUAAUAUUUUUUCUUUUGUAAGUAAAUUUCACUUUAACUUAUUUAUAAACUUGGGUAUUUAUUAUCACAAGUUUCUAUAGUACAGAUGUUUUGCUUUUAAGAGGGAAAGGGGGAUUAUAAUUCUGACCAAAGUUCAGCUAAUAUUUGGACCAACUGCAGUCAGACCAAACAGAUUCUGGUUCCUUGGGUCAAGUGAGAAACAGUAGUUUAUUGGUGGUCAUAUUGGAGCAGUCUGGCUGUCAGCCUGUAAUGCACCCCUAGAAGGGAUUUAGUGAAUAAUAUAUAAAGAUAACUUCUCUUUUAGAUGUUUUCUGUAGUUUAGAAAAUGAAUGUGAGACAUCAGUCAUUCCUUAGUUCACUAACUUUAGGUGACCUCAUUUACAGUUGAUCUCAGGGUCACUGAUUUGGUAUAAGCUGUUGUUUGCUGCAUUUACACCACCAGCCAGACAGGGUAUGUGUCUCGGUUGUUUCAGCUAGAAUGUCAGGAGAUUAUGAACAUAGCACCAAGUUGGCCAUUUCCAGAGAGGAAAAGGUGAGAAAUGGAAUAGAGGUUCCAAUUUUCAAAUUGGUUCUGAAGUGUGGUCCACUUUGACAUGAGAGUGGUGAUUCAAAUCCCUGGUCACUGAUUUAGCCCGAUUGUAAUUCCUAAGGCCCGACUUCUUCACCCCAGACAGUCAGUUGUUUUAAUUUUCCCUAUUGGUAAAACAUGUUAAAUCCAAACAUUUGCAAGUUUUCCUGGUAAGAAUUUUACUUUCCUUAUGAAGGCAGCAAUCCACUGUGAUGAGCAGUGUUAUGGACACUGAUGACCUCACCUGCUUAAACCCACGAGGUGAGUGUUGGAGGGCUAUUCCACCACUAUAUGUAUCACCACAAUUUAGAUUUGUGCACCAGCUGGUGACUACAUGCUGGCACUUGGGGACUGGAGCCUAAAGUGGUUAUAACCAGUAGUAACAAUCCAAAUGUUUGCUGCCCCUGGUAGUAUGACGUGAUUUUUACCUAAAUUUGAGAGUGCUGUUGAGGCCUGAAGUGCCAGAGAUUAGGUUUGCUGUAAGCAAUCCUGCGAAGUUUGCCUCUAUUGUGUACAGCCUGACAACCGACUACUAAUUUAAGGCCAUGGUCAUGGUGCUUUAUAAGUUGUCUUAUUGGUGCUGUCCCUGAAACAACUGAAUUCUGAAGCUCACUAUUCUGCAGGCUGAACUUUAAAGGUGACGUGAAAUGCAGCAAUAUUGUCCCCGGAGUGCCAUUUUCCCCAUUUCCCUUCCCUUGUCUCUUUUUUUCCCAGUUCAUUCAGUUUACAGAUACACAGCUAGAGCACUGACAUCUGUGAAACCCACUCCUGAACAAGGCUCCCUUCUGCCAGCCUGCUGAGCUCGGGCAGGGGAGACCAUUCAGAGUAAAUAUGUUUCACUUUGUUUAUUACGAUAGUGUAAAUAAAAGAAUUUAACAGGAUGUGUCCAAGAAGUCGGGUGUGAUCUGAUUUGGGAAAUGUCAUCAUCACAAUGUGUACUGUGGCUAGUUUGAAUUUGAUUUUUUACUUUUAAUCAUUUUCUCAAGUCCCAAGACUGUUAUUUGGAAAUUGUUGCUAUACGAGGUGGAUAAUGUUAUUAAUCAAUAGAAGCCUUAGAUAUAUUAGCUAUGCAAGGUUUUUUUUUAUGUUUUUGUUUGUACAUAGUGCAGAUGGAUGAAUUAUGAGGGGGCUUUAAUUAACUUUUUCAAACUACCAGACAUGGGACCCCCAUCUGUCAGCAAGUAAUGAAGUUACCAGCUCUCCAGUGAUAAUAAUAUUGUUUCUGAAAUCCUGUAACUGUUGUAAGAUCCACAUUAGAAGGGUCCGUGGUGGGGGCGGGAGCUCCGAAUUGUCAUUACCCUGUUAUUGAAUUACUCUGGUCAACCCUGAGUUUAAAUUGAAUAAGGCCUUGGAAUGGUUCUUUUUGCCUGGGGCAUGGGAUUCAGUGUGAGGCUGGCUGUGAAAUCUACUAGUUAGUCUUGGGUAUUUGGUUCUUGGCAAUUUUCCAUUAUAGCAGUAAUUGUGAUAAUACAUUUGAGUUCCUUGUUAAACUUUGUUCAAGUUUGUAAGCAGCCUCUAUCAUUUGUUUUAUAUGCACGAAACUCAGUCUUUUGCUGUAUUUGCAUUUUUUUUGAGGUGGAGUAACUUCAUACCUUGUAUGCACAAAACAUCAAAUCAUGUUAUUUAUUAAUAUUUGGUGCAUGUCCAGUUUCUGACUAUGCCAUAACCUCCCAAGCCACUUUGUAUGUUGUUCCUGCUGUUAAUGCAGUCUUCAGCCUACUGUUUCAGUCAGGUGAACCUGCUUUUAAGUGAUGAAUUCCAAGAACCUGCUUUCCAUAUUAAAGGAGGAUGCUGGUUCUGGAAAUGUUCGUGAUGUCUCUCAUGGCUGGGGACACUGAUUUCCCUGUGUGUACUUCAGUUCCUUCAGGGCAAGAUCCAGUGAUUGCAAUAGUUGCAUUCUGUAGUCUUUUCAAUGAAAGAAAUUCAUUUAACAAAUCCUCACAGUUCUAUUUUAACCAUGAAAAUCACUGCUACAAUGCUGGCAUGAGUGUCCCUUUCUGGUAUCUGUAACAUGUUUGCAGACUGUGUUAAUAUACUGAGGCCAGUGCUAUGCAAAUACUGUUUGUCCUGAAUGCCAUUGUGUGUUACACAGGUCAGAUUGUGUUGAGAGAAUGUCAUGAUUUCUUCACGCUGAGAGAUUGGUGACAGGAAAGUGGUAACUUCCUUAUGUAACUUUCUGUAUCUCUUGUCACCCAUUGUUUAGUGCUUCCAUUGUUUUUCAUUGUUAAAUAGUCAAGUGUGAUACAUCUGCAAGUACAGGUGUGUUGUCUUCUGCUCCUGGAGGGCUGUGCACUGGACAUGAUCUUGUCUGUUUGUUUGCUCAUUGUCAUUAAAUGAGGAAAUAGAUUUAAUACGUUGCAGUCAAGCCCCAAAGACUGUUACCGUUAGUUAUUGAGGGAGUCUGCAGUACUAACUGUCCUUAUACAAACUGCUGCUCUUGCAUGUGAGAUGGGUGCAACAGUGAAGUGAUACUGCCACUGCACCAGACAGGCCUGUAUUGGUUCUCCUUGUGAUUCCUUCACUGUACAGGAGGCAAAGUGGUUCGAGUUUAUUCCCCCUCUACUUUCACCCCUCCCGUAAAAUAUAUUGAAAACCAGUUUGUUCAAAAUAAAGACUUUUUGUAAUUAAAUGUUAUAAGUCUGUAAA